UCACAGCCAUCCUGAAACUGCCGGGUAGGGCAACAGGUACGCAUGCUUUUUCCUCGUGUGUAUGUUUUCUUCAAAUGAUGACACUAGUGCAGACCUCUGCGUAGUUUGAUCUGUCGACCUAACGAGCUACAUGUAUUUGGGUCAGAGGAGACAUUGUUUUCCUGUACCUUUAAGAGUGGGGCGCAGUGUGCAGGACUACACUGGGGACGUAAUUCAAACACUUGGCUCCUCCUAAUUUUACGGUUUCGUUUCCUGGAGGUCGAGCCUGUCGUGUUGUUGACAAAAAAAACGUAACAAAUAUCGUUUUUUACUGGGCAAAAUGGGUCAGUCGUUGCCGACCCCGGACUGCGAGCCCUCGGUGUGUCCUUUGUGCCACGGUAUAUGUCGGAAUCCGACUGCGCUGAGAUGCAAACAUAUUUUCUGCUACUGCUGUAUACAGGAGUUAUGGAGUGGUUCGCCCACCGGUCCAUACUACUGCCCCGAGUGCAAGGAGGAGUACAAGACAUUACCGGUGGGGUUCAAGAGAGACACUACCGCAAGUCCGUGGCGACAUGAAGCGCCUGCACAUACACGCACCAGCUCAGCGACAGAAGGCAGAGCCAAUGAAGAGGAUGUCAUUGAGAUCAAUUCGGCGGGCUGGACCCUUGGGAAGAGAGCCUCCAUCUCUCAAUCCAAGCGUCUGUUAGGGAAGAGACCAGCCAGUUCUCCUGUCCCAGGAGGCCAUCUUCACGACAACAAGAGACAAGCCACUGGCAGCUCCUCUUCCUCCCACUCCAGGGGAAGGUCUGGUGACCGUAAGAGACCCGCCACUUCCUCUUCCUCCUCUUCAGCCAAUCAGAACACAUCGUCUGACGUCGAGUUGUCCAGUGAGGAGGAGGUGCCAGCAGCACCAUUCUCCUUAGCAACCAAACCGUCUAGUACUGCGUCCGUCGCCGUCAGAGGUCCGGACCUGACACGUGAUAGGUCUAGGUCCCCUAGGAGAGACCCACCCAUUGAGCUGGACGAACCCCCUGCUGCAACAGAACCUCUUACAAGAGAACCACUGAAUGACCCUAGAAAAUCACCUGAAGCAGCAGCAGGUCACAUGACCAACACAUCGCCAAGAAGAAUCACCGCCGUUGAGCUGGACCCACCUCUACCCCCUGCAAGAGAUCCGUACACACCCGCCAAGAAUCCUGCUGAAACGACCAUAACAACCCAUUUACGUUUAGUCACCCCUACGAAGGAGAAGCCUGUUGAAGCUGAGCGGGAGCCUCUUCCAGAGAUCUCCAACAGAUCUGGUCCAAUCGGCACCUCCACCUCUCCUACCCGCGCUGCCAACAACCUGUCCCCUGGACGUACCAACCUGUCCCCCAGCCUGGCUCGUCAAACCUCUAGGGAGACCUUCCUACCCUGCCACUAUUGCCCCAGCCAGGGCUCUCUCCCUGCGGUGAAGACCUGCCUGGUGUGUGGAGCCUCCAUGUGCUCCGACCACCUCCGGCCUCACCUGGAGUCCCCUGUCUUCCAGAGCCACACCCUGGUACCCCCUGUGGAGGACACCUCACCCUGGAGGUGCCCGGAACACCAGGAGAUGAACCGAAUCUACUGCCGUCAGUGUAGUGUGCGUGUCUGUACCGUGUGUACCGUGAUCGGGUCGCACCGGGACCACGCUUGCGUCAGCAUCAGAGAGGCCGAGAGGGAGCUGAGGGUGAGAAACAGAGGAGUGUUUACCAAACACACAUACCAACACACCACAAAAAUACCUGAUCACAUCCCAGUUGUAUGAGCCAUAGUAUUAAUGUUGUCUAAGGAUCGUUAGUGGUGAAUAAACAUAUCACACGCGUUAUAGUAUAAAUACGUGUUCCAGAGAGCUAAAGCAUGUUUUCUAU